ACGCCGCCGCCGGUCUGUGGGCGGGGCUUCGCUGAGGCUGUCCAAGAUGGCGGAGCUGGACUUGCUGGGCUCGAUCCUGAGCUCCAUGGAGCCUCCGCCCAGGCUGGGAGACCGCGAGGCCCGGAGGGCGAAGGAGGAAACGGCCCGGCUGAAGAAGCUGCAGGAGCAGGAAAAGCGCCAGAAAGUGGAGUUCCGGAAGCAGAUGGAGAAAGAGGUGUCGGACUUCAUCCAGGACAGCAGCCAAACCAAGAAGACAUUCCAGCCCAUGAACAAGAUCAAGCGAAGUAUCCUGCACGACGUGGUGGAAGUGGCCGGCCUCACCUCCUUCUCCUUUGGCGACGAAGAGGACUCCCGAUACGUCAUGAUCUUCAAGAAGGAGUUUGCCCCGUCAGAUGAAGAGCUGGAGGCCUACCGCCGAGGAGAAGAGUGGGACCCACAGCAGGCCAAGGAGAAGCGGAGGCUCAAGGAACUGGCCCAGCGUCAGGAGGAAGAGGAGGCCCGGAAGGGUCCCACAGUGGUCAACCCCAACACCGACUACAAGGAUAAGUAUAGCCACCUCAUCGGCAAAGUGGCCGCCAAGGACGCCGCCCACGCCAUGGAGCCCAACGUGGCCUACGGAUGUGUUCCUGUCGCCAACAAGAGAGACACGCGCUCCAUCGAAGAGGCCAUGAACGAGAUCCGGGCAAAGAAGCGCCUGCGGCAGAACGAAGACGGGGCCCCUCCUUUGGCCCCCAGCAGCACCACCUCCUCCUCCUCCUCCACGUCUUCCUCCUCCUAGGACUCUGUUUUUGCAAGGCGUCGUGUUGUCAGCCAGGGGAACCUUGUCUCCUGCCCUGAGGCUGCUGUUUGUGAGUCUGUUUCGAAGGAAGGGGGUCUCUGGAGGGGAGGGGAAGCCCUUCCUGUGGCCCCUUCCCCUCCCCAUCCCUCCCUUUGAGUCUUUUGAGUAUUUAACCCCCUGGCCUAGGAUUGCCUUGCCUUUUAAUAUUGCCAGACGGACUGCGACGACGUUGUCUGAGCCAGAAGCCACGAGGAGGGACUCGGGGUGCGUGUGUGUGUUUGUUUGCAAGCACUGAGGAAAUCACGGGUGGCCAACCCAGCCCCACAGCCUCCCUUGACCCAUGGGAGGAGCCUGAGCUCCUCUUCCCCUGCCCCCAAACCCAGAGAGAGGGUCCUAACUCCGUCCUGCCACCCUUUCCCUUCGCUUCUCCCCUUUGAGGAAUCAGUGGGAGGCUGAGUUGCCAAGCGGCUUCCUUGCCACCAGGAGGCACUGUUGCCCAGCUUUUCUGAUGGUGGAUUCUGCAACCCACGGCCAGUGAUAGUGGACGUCCCAGAAGGGCGCUUCCCCCGGUCCUGGCACCAGUGAGAGGUGCGGACCCCCUGCACCAGAGUCACCCCCUCUCUGUUCUUGGCAAGGUUCCUUUUUUAUAUAUGUAUAUAUAUGGGGAGAGAGCGAGAAGCGGCAUUUCAGCCUGCUGUGGGGAAGCUGCCGGGCGCCUCCUGCCGCUUCCUGCUCCUCUGCCCACUUCCUGUUUUUGUGGCGUCUGGGUGUCGGUCCCGCAGGCAAACGGGAGGAAGGGAGGGAGGGAAGGGGGCAAGGUGCGUGCGUGCGUGCGAGUGUCUGCGCCUCCCAUUAAAGGCUUGUUUUGGAGUGC